AUGGCUCCAGAACAACAGGAAGAAAAUCAACUAGUUGAAAUUGAAACCCUAGAAACGGUUGAAUUCAAUGUGGGGCUCUAUUCCAAGUUCUGGAACCCCAAAAUGAGACCCUACAUAAGUGCCAAAGCCAACGGAAAAUACCUGUUCGACACCGAGAUCUCCAGAAUUCUUUUAGGUAGAGCAUAUCAGUACAUACUUGACCUUGCUGGAGCCAAUGCCGAUAUUCUUCUAGUUGGAGUUAAAAACAAAAACACUGCUCCCAUAAUAGCCGACGCAGCCAAAAGAGUAAAAACCUUCCACCUGACCCAAAGAUGGCUUGGAGGUCUAUUGACCAAUUUCAAAACCAUAAGCCUAAACAUCAAGAAGCUAAAUUACCUGGAGACCCUGCUAGAGGAUCCGGAAAUGCAAUCCGUAUACACCAAGAAGGAACUAAUCAAAAUACAGAAACAAAAGGACAAACUGGAGAAAUUCUACGGAGGAAUCAAAAAUCUAAAUAAACUACCGGAACUAAUCAUCCUCUUCAACCCCCAAGAGGACGUAACUUGCCUUAAAGAAGCCAAAAAAAUGGGAAUACCCGUUGUUGCACUAACCAACACCAAUGCAGACCCAGACCUAAUAGAGUUCCCAAUACCCGGAAACAACACCUCCAUGAAAUCCGUUUACUUUGUCGCAAACUUCCUAUGCGACGCAAUAGCACAGGCUCAAGAGAUUCCAACCCUAAUGGCCUACAAGAAGUGCUCCGAAAUAGAAAUCCCAGAAGAAUACUCCUACAAACCAAAAACCCACGAAAGGGGUCACAUCUCCUUCAUCUAG